AUGUUCAAAGCAAAGCCACUCAAAUUCAAUUUGUUCUUCUUCUCUUCAUAUCAUCCAUGAAAACCUUUAAAAAAAUAGAAAAUAAAUAAAAAAAGCAAAAUAAGAAUAAAGAAUUGCAAAAAAGUAUGGCUUUUGUUCUGCCAAACCUUUCUCCUUCACUUCUCCUCACCUCAAAAUCACCAAGAGAGAAGCCAAUUGCUUGCCAAACUCAAACAUUUGCUUCUCAAAAUUGUACUUAUAAAUAUGGAUCAACAGCCACAACUGAUACAAAACCCACCACUAACAACACCUCCCUAUCUGCUUCUCCCUCAUCACAGGAUAACCACCACAAGGAUGAGUUCUAUGUCAAUCUUGGCCUUGCUGUAAGAACCCUCCGUGAGGAUUUGCCUUUGCUCUUUAUCAAAGACCUCAAUUAUGAUAUUUACAGGGAUGACAUCACUUUUCUGGACCCGUUGAACACGUUUACGGGCAUUGAAAGGUACAAAUUGAUAUUUUGGGCAUUACGGUUUCAUGGAAAGAUUUUGUUCAGAGAUAUUUCUCUUGAGGUUCUUAGGAUUUGGCAGCCUUCGGAGAAUGUCAUUUUGAUCAGGUGGAAUUUGAAAGGUGUCCCAAGAGUCCCUUGGGAAGCCAAGGGACAAUUUCAGGGCACUUCAAGGUAUAAAUUGGAUCGAAAUGGUAGAAUUUACGAGCAUAAAGUCGAUAAUUUGGCUUUUAAUUUCCCUCCCCGGCUUACACAAACUGUGUCUGUAUUGGACUUGGUGGCUGCUUGCCCAGCCAGCCCUAACCCUACAUUUAUGUGGGGUCCUUCGGAUGCCAAUUCUUCGUCGUGGAUCCAGUUUUAUCGCGCAGUUAGAGAAACUUUGGAUCAAGAACGCUACCACUUGAGCAUGCAUGAUGGUUUAUAUACUUGCUCUUAGCUCCUGAGGACUGUAUGCAGCAUAUGCUAAUGGAAGGAGCUAGAGGUAGUGACUUUCUUCUUUUACUUGUAAGCAUUUGCAUACUAUAUGAGCUUAGCACCUUAAUCAUUAGAAGGUAGGUGAGGCCUGCACAUAAUUGUGUCUUUGUUGUAUUUGAUCAUACAUAUGAUCUAAUGCAUGAAGCAACCUUUGAAUUCAAAUUGACACUCUACAUAAAAUCUGCACAAUGGAAAAUGUCGCUGUAAAAGUUUGAACAUCACAACUACAUUUCUGAUCUCCUUCAUUACCUCCAAUGCUCAUUUUAGUCCGCCGCCAUUCAACCUCCUCUCUUGAGCUUUGCAUCAGGCCCUUACCUAAUAACCAUGUUAAGCCACCGCCUUUAUACAGCUGCAAGACAAUAACAUUUUUCAGAGUUAAGUCACUGAAUCAGGGUGUGGUUGUCAUGAGGAUGUCGAUAAGUUAUUUGGCCAUUGAGUUAAGUGCCUUGACGGAUAGGUAUGACGGAAUUCUCUUUCCGUAUAUGUGCAAUCAGUUAUUAUUAAAAUUCUAUCAUAGCAUAUAGUGCAACCAUUCUUCAGGUAGUUCAAUUAUAAACUGUUGAAUAUAUUGCAUGAUCAAAGAUAAAGGCAAACUUUGAUAUAAAUGCAAUCAUGUGGAGCUUUCUUUAUUAUUGGUGCAAGCAAACAGUCUAAUCUCA